AUUCAACUCAACCGCUUUCUCUGUACGGGAGACAAAGUGAGUCUCGCUGCAGACGUAAGUUAAGUCUAGACUCGACUCCGUCGGGAGAGGGUCCAGGUUGAGUAAGAGCGGAUGGUAGCCGAAGAACAGCCUCGUGGCCCUUCGCCACACUGUGGCGGCGUGGUAUUGACUCCUCCAGUGCCUCAGAUAUACCCUUCGUCUUCACCAAUACCUUCCACUGGAUUUCGGUUCUUUGCACAGCUAUAGAACCGUCAGUGCUUACUACGCGUGCAAAGAGUGAUAUGUCGAAGAACGUAGCCAUCAUUGGUCAAACUGGGGCGGGGAUAAGCUCCCUCGUUAACAUGCUUUGUCCUGAUGCCAAUGCUCCUACCUCGCCCAACGCAACCAGAUGCACAAAGGAAGGGAAAGAGUACCUAUGGAUUCUUGAAGAUGAAUGCUCGUGUCAAGUACAUGAUACAGUUGGUCUCGGAGAACCUGGACGAUGGCACUUCAGCUUCAAAAGCUUCAAGUUCGUUCGGAAACCGGAUACAUGGCAGCUCAAACUUGAAGAGUACUUAAAGAAGAAAGACUUGGACCUUCUGAUAUACUGCAUACCGGGAGACCGAGGCCUCCUGAAGAAAUCGCAUGGGCAAAACUAUGGGAAGGUCAAGUCGAUGAUGGGCAGUGUGCCGCUCGUAGUGGUUGUUACCCAUCUGGAGAAAUUCAAAGAUCCUUUGGAUGGGUGGUGGUCGACCAAUCUGAGUAUUCUCAGAAACGUCGGUAUCCCGGAGACUACUAAACAUGCAUGCGUCACUACACUACCCAAGAAAGAUCUGGAGAAUGGAGACCUCUACGAUAAUUCUCGUGAGGGUCUCGAAACUCUUAUCAGAGGCAUUCUUUGGCCCAGCACUGGCCACCGGCGCCGGUAGCACCUACUAACCACAAGUCCAUCUCAUCUUCAUCUUACAAUUUUUGUACAGACAUCUCACUUACUACGUUAUGGGUGUUAGAUUUAGAGUAUCACUCUGAAGUCAUGAAAUAGUAUCCGAACUUCCUCGCUCGUCAACCUAGUAUGCUAUUCUUUACUGGUAUAUACCACUUAUUGCAAUUGUAGACCUGUUGAAUGUUA